AUGAACCAUUACGGUUAUUUGCGGGUCGAUUCCGAUCCAACACUAUCUUCCGAACCUGCCAGCAGUAAAUAUGCGCGAUACAAAUAUUCAGGUGAUGGUGAACUUGGUCCAUAUAAUUCAAACUUAACUGAUGAUCCUGAACAAUACGAACUGGAUGAUCAUGUGGGAGAAAUGUCGCAAGCAUUUAUUCGAAACGAAAGACUUUAUCGGGAUAGAACAUCCCAGUGCAGCGCUACGAUGGAUCAUCAAGAUUGGAGUGGGCGAGAUCUUCUCGAUGUACCCGAUAAAACGACUUGUAUCGAUCUUUCAUCGACCAGUGAAGAGCCAACAAGAGAUACCACUGAGGAUGACGAAUAUGACCAUCAGAGCGGUAUCAGAAAAUACGCGAAACUAAUUUUACCGCAUGUUGGUUUGGUACUAUUAACUUGUGCUUAUACGGUUGUUGGCGCAUCAAUAUUUUAUAGUGUCGAGCAACCACAUGAAUUGGCCAACAAAAGGCGACAGCUGGAUAUGAUAUACGAACGUCAGGAAGAGUUCGUGAAUUCGUUGUUUACCUUAGCAAUGCUCAAUGAGACUCGACGUGAAGUAUGGUCGCAGGUGACCAAACAGCAUAUGCAUAAUAUGAGCGAUCAUCUUUUCACCGCCUUUGAAAAAUUCUUCUUAACUGCUGCCGAAGUUCGUGCUAAUGAUACUAUCGAAAUAUGGUCUUUCUCGACUGCUAUCUUUUUCGCUGUUACUGUUGUCACUACUAUUGGAUAUGGUAAUCCAGUACCUGUGACACAUUUGGGUCGCAUGAUGUGCAUUAUCUUUUCACUAUUUGGCAUACCUUUGACAUUAGUGACCAUAGCAGACAUUGGCAAAUUUCUAAGUGAGCAUCUAGUGUGGAUGUAUGGUAACUACCUCAAAUUAAAGCAUUUCUUAUUGGAAAGGCGUCACUGGAGCAAAGGUCACAAGGAAAGAGUAUGUGAGCAAUGUCAAAGGCAGGGUCUAAGUACGGACAUGCAUUUUAUUGAAGAACAGAGGAUACCAGCAAUGCUGGUAUUGAUGAUACUUGUUGCAUACACAUCUUUGGGAGGUGUAUUGAUGUCUAAUUUGGAGCCAUGGAGUUUUUUCACUGCAUUUUAUUGGUCAUUUAUUACUAUGACCACCGUUGGUUUCGGUGAUUUGAUGCCACGACGAGAUGGUUAUAUGUACCUCAUUCUACUUUAUAUUAUUUUAGGUUUGGCGAUCACGACAAUGUGUAUUGAUUUGGUCGGAGUACAAUAUAUUCGUAAGAUCCAUUAUUUCGGUAGGAAAAUACAGGAUGCUCGUUCUGCAUUAGCCGUUGUUGGGGGAAAAGUGGUGCUUGUAUCUGAACUAUAUGCAAAUUUGAUGCAAAAGCGAACAAAAAAUUAUGAUCGGGAUGCGUUUAUAAUCGACAAUUUUCAUAUAUCGAAACAUGUUAUACCAUUUAUUCCUGCCGAUAUUCGGUGGAUUCGAUAUAUAGAUCAAAAUGCAGAGUCAUUAUCAUCGUCGACUUCAACUCUCGACUUACAUUCCUGUCGCUUUUGCCAUUCUCGAUUUAGCAUAUCGCGUUACCAUCCUUGA